AUUAUCCUAUAUAUACACCUUCAAUUAAUCCAAAACAUUAUCUAUCAACUUUUUCUCAUCAUUCAUAACAAACUCACACACAUUACAAUUUACAACCAAAAGAAAAAUAGUAAAAAAAUCUAGUUUCAUUAGAAAACAAUAUUUUCAAAUUAAUAGCAAUAGCAGAAUUAGCAAAGUUACGGUUAGGGAGGUGAUGGUGAUGGUCGUGGCUACCAUGUCACGGCGUCCCAAGUCGAUGUCGUCGGAGGUCGAAACCCUCGGCAUCCUUGCUUUCGACGCCGCUAAAACCAUGUGUCGUCUCGUCUCUCUCUUCAACUCCCUCUCCGAUGAUGAAAUCAACAAGCUUCAUUGCGAUGUCAUCAAAUCUAAGGGCGUAACCUAUUUGAAUUCUAGCCAGGAGAAUUUCCUCCUCCACCUUGCCGCUGCGGAACGUCUCGAGGAGCUCGAUAACGCCGCUGCGGCGGUAUCCCGUUUAGGCCAGAAGUGCUCCGACCUCGGCCUUGCACGGUUUGAUCUUGUUUAUGCUGAUCUCAAACUCGGUGUGAUUGAUCUCCGGAAGCUACAGUACAACUCGCGAAAUACGUACAAGAUAAUUGAGAAAACGGAGAAACUAAUCUCCGCUUCGGCGAGUCUCCACUCUGCCAUGGAAUACAUGGUAGAGUUAGAGACAGCGGAGAAAAAAAGACAGCGGAAUGGGACAAAACCAUGUCAAAAACCAAACAUGGAAUAUUUCAAUGAGAAAUUAGUGUUUCAAAGAAAGCAAGUGCAGAAUUUCAAGGAAACAUCGUUAUGGAAACAAACAUUUGACAAAACGGUUGGAAUCAUGGCAAGGCUUGUGUGCAUUGUGUAUGCGAGAAUAUGCUCCGUUUUCGGAGCAUAUAUUCAUAAAGAUCAUAGUAACAAGAAAAAUUUCAUGUCAUUUGGUUUUGGUUUCGACGAUUGUUGCCUUCUGGAACACCGCAAGAGACGCGGUGUUUCAGAAUGGUACGAGGAAUCGCUCCAUAAUAGGCGCAUGAAUAGGUCGGUGCCUAUCUCAAAAGAAGCAACAUCGAUUAAAAUCGUCGGCGUGAUAAAGUUUCUUAACAACCCAAUACCAAUGGAUUUUGCUUCUAGUGGCGGGGAUGGAGUUGAAAUAACAAUGAAAGGUACCAAAAAUGACAAGGUUUUGAAGCUUGCACCGCCGUCGACAGUUGGUGGAGCAGGGCUUUCUUUGAGGUAUGCCAAUGUGAUCCUUCUGGCGGAGCGUUAUCUCAACGCGCCAGCGGCGAUGGGAGACGGCGCGCGUGAGGCCUUGUACGAUAUGUUACCAGGGAGACUGAGGGUGAAGGUGAGGGCGAAACUGAAGGGACGGUGGGCGAAAGAGGAAGAAAAAGGAAGUCACGGACACUCGCUGGCCGAAGGGUGGCGCGAGGCGUUGGAGGAGAUGAUGGAAUGGCUGUCUCCGAUUGCAUACGACACGCUUCGGUGGCGGGCAGAGAGGUACUUGGAGAAAACGAAAUUCGAGACGAAGCCGACUGCAAUGCUUCUGCAGACAUUGCAUUACUCUGACUUGGAGAAGGCAGAGGCUGCCAUAGUGGAAGUGUUGGUUGGAUUGAGUUGUAUAUGUUUGUGUGAGAGAAGAAUGCAGUGAGUUUGUUAUAUAUUAUUAACAUGAUAAUAGAUAAUUAGGAGUAAUUGCAAGAUUUCAAAAAUUAAAUUAUUGUGUUAAUGUUAAGUUUAAGAUGAUGAUUGUAAUGUCAUAAGGUAGUUGAUGUAGCAAUCAUAAGAUCAUAGAUAUAGAUUACAGUUAGUAACUGUAAUUGCAAUAUUAAGAUUUUUGAGGUUUUUGCUAGUGAUUGUAAUAAUGAUUACAAUACUAAUUUAAGUCUCUUUGAUUGGUA